CCCAUUUCUAUUCCCGUUUCUUCUUCCCUGUCACGUUUUUGACCUACCUUGUGAAGCCGUCCCGGUCAACCGCGCGACCAAACGGAGAGGAUGCUACUGCGACCCAUUGGGGGCCAGCCCGAUGGUGGUCUGGGUGGCAGGCUCUUCGUCUCAUGGAGAAUCGCCUCCAAGUCGGGACUCUCGUCGUCCACCACCGCCAGCAGCAGCAGCAAACGAAUCAUCGACAUGGCUGCUCGAGAAGGCGAACUGAGAGUCUUCAUGGUGGCCGGAGAGGUAUCCGGAGAUUCCAUUGCUUCUCGACUCAUGGCAUCCCUCAAGAAGCUCUCUCCGUUCCCCGUCCGUUUUGCGGGAGUCGGCGGGUCCUUGAUGUCCAAGGAAGGUAUGCAGACGAUCUUUCCAAUGGAAGAAAUUGCAGUCAUGGGUUUGUGGGAAUUGCUUCCCCACCUCAAUACAUUUAGGAAAAAGUUGAAGGAAACCACAGAAGCUGUUUUUCUCUUUCGUCCACAUGCUGUAGUGACUGUUGAUUCAAAGGGAUUCUCUUUCCGUUUACUAAAGCAGCUGAAAGCAAAAAGUGCACAAGAAGAAAGCUAUCCUGUACAUGUUCACUAUGUUGCACCUUCAUUUUGGGCAUGGAAAGGAGGUGAAACCAGGCUUAAAGUACUGCGCCAAUUUGUGGACCAUAUGUUGUGUAUUAUUCCCUUUGAAGAACAAACUUGCAGGUUAAAUGGACUAUCUGCAACAUAUGUUGGUCAUCCCUUAUUGGAAGAUGCCAUCAUGCUGAAUUUGAAUUCAGGUCCUUUGUCAAGUAAAUUGAGGGUGCAACGAUCUGGUGAUGCUUUUCGUCGUAGACAUGGACUGGCUCCUGGAGCUACAGUUUUUACUUUACUCCCUGGAAGCAGACUGCAAGAGGUCACACGUAUCCUUCCAAUUUUCCUAAAAACAAUAGAACUACUGAAGAACUCAUUCUCCGAGUUAUCGAUUUUUAUUCCUGUUGCUCCAAAUAGCCAUGUGGAAGACUUUGUUAGUAGAACGAUUCAGUCAUCACCCCUGUCAGCAAUACUUGUACCGGGUGCAUCACUGGACCAAAAAUAUGAUGCAUUCAGUGCAAGUACAGCUGCAUUAUGUGCUUCUGGUUCUGCGGUCAUUGAGUUACAGCUAGCAAGGUUACCAUGUGUUGUAGCAUAUCGAGCUCAUCUUUUGACAGAGUGGGUAAUCCGGUACAGGACAAAGUUGAACUUUAUAUCACUCCCGAACAUUCUUUUGAAUUCAGACAUUAUACCGGAGGUCCUUUUCCAGGAAUGCACACCUGGGAAGCUAGCCACGGUUUUUAGUAAAGUAGUUCUUGAUAACAAUAUUCAAGAAAAGCAGACUUCAGCAGCUGAAAAAGUCCUACAGCUUCUCUGUCCUCCCAGCGAAGAUACUUACCGUCUGUUGCUAGAAAAAUUGGGUUACACUGGAGCUGUUUGCUACCCUAGCAUGAUUGCAGCAUCAAGCAUUCUCUUUGCAGAAAAGCAACGAUCGUGAUAGAGAUUGUGAUCAAGUAUUGUUUCAAGAAAGGUUGAAAAUGAGAUAAAAUGGUUCUCAUUAAGGAUGAAGGUACAACCAAUAUAAAAUAAUACAAAACGACAAACACAACAUUUUGCAGAACUUUUUCUCAAACAGAAUAUUGUGUACAAAUCAUAUACAACAUAGUAUAUGGUUCUCGGAAGAAAAUUUUGCUUAAGCAUUUUGAUACGAUAUACAAUAUUUCAGACCAUUUAAUUUGUAUUUAAAAGAAUAAUUUGCAUGGA